AGUACUAUAUAUUUGAGACGAAAAGAAAAAGGUUAGAGAAAACCGAGAAGUUAGAACCCGCCUCAGACUGUUAUUGCGUUCUGCGUAGCUCGUUGUCUGUCUGUCCAUGUUCCUCCCUUGUUGAUCACAAUUCAUAAUGCGUUCAAAAGGAAAAUCUUCCAAGUUUACUGCGGCUGCAGCUGUAAUUGUUUCAACGGCUGCGAAGAGGAAACCAGUAGUCUCAUCCGUACAUGAAUGUCAGAUUAGACUUGAUCUCUAUGACGAGUGCAUGAGUAAAGCCCACAGUGAUGUCACCAGUACCUACGACUGUGAUAUCUACCUAAGAGAGAAGGAAGAAUGCCGUGAUUUUAAGAGGGAUCCAAGUAUUCGAAGCAUGACUGAAAUACAUAAGGAGACUGAGGAAUCUCUUCAGAGGGAAGCAACUGCUCAUGGUUUUGCUAGUAUUAAUGCAUACAUAGAGCAUAGAGAUGAACAAGACCCUAAGAUGUGCAGGAUUGCCUAUGAACUAUACAAAGAGUGCCUUACCAAAGGUUAUAAAAUUAAAGGUUAUGACUAUGACCCAUGUGAUUUAUACCGCAACAACUGUCCCCAAUUUAAAUAAGGCUUCUAAUUGUAGCGCCCGUUGUUCCCCACUGCCUCAUGAAUGUCAGUGAUAGACUGAAAUCUAAAUUAUGCCAUUGUUUAGACAUUGUGUAAAGUAAUUAUCCAGUUGGAACAAUGCUUCAUUUUAAGUUAGCGAAGCGCUAUUUCCAAACCUUAAUCAUCUGCAUAGAUUGGAAUAAGGUAAAAAAUUCUAUUUCUAAUUAAUAUAUAGUGACAUGAGAGAAUUUUUUGUUAGCAUACUUCAUAUCUUGUGAAAUGCUUUUAUAUUUAAAAUAUUGUGUCAUUUUUACUA